UUUCCAUUCUUCUUUUUCUGUAGUCAUCUUUCUGUACCUUUUGUUUUAUUAUUAUCUUUUUUUUCUUAUUGUAAUUAUUGCUUGGUUUUGCGCGACCAGCUUCUUCUUUUUCUUCUUCAUCACGUCAUUGGUACUCAUCAUCUUGUUGUUACCAUGGCUAAUUCCAAUGUCGCCGAGAUUAAGCUGCGGGAACCGAGUGUUUCGUAUUUUCCCGGCGAAACCGUUGCUGGGUCGGUCAAACUCAAACUAUCCAAAUCCGUCUCGGUAGGCGAUAUCCAGCUGGUGUGGUCCGGUAAAGUGAUUGGAUCUGUCCAAGGUCGAGCGCCUCAGACAACCUAUCUCUUCAAUACCACCUAUCACGUACUGCCAAAGGCAUUGAACAAAUGGAAAAGCAAACAGGGUGACAGUAUGAUGUUCAGUACCGUGGACCACCCGCACCCUUUGAAUCAAACACUGUCCAAGGGAUGCCACAAUCUAUACUUCAACCUUCAAGUCCCAUUGGAUCUUCCCAGCUCCACCGAGCCUUUUCCUGCUUUUCCAUCCGAUAUCUCAGUGAUUUACACUGUGGAAGCCGUCGUCCUCGCCGCAGCGCAACCCACCGAACGCUUAUGCAACACGUCGUGCGAAAUCCCCAUUGUGGAACGCGUACUUGUCUCUUCCGUCCCCCUCGGUCCACGCGAAGCCCUUUGCCAAUGGUCGUCCGCAGACAACGCUUACAUGGAUUCUGUCUGUUUUAAAGCAGUUUUACAAAACUCGGAAUGUGAAAGAGGAAAACCCUUGUUUCUCAAAGUCAUGAUGCUCUGUCAGAACCCCGAUCAGUGGCAAGGAACCGUGGCCGGUCAAAUAUCCCUUCUUCGCAUCAUCGAGAUCCACACCAGUGAAGGUUGGCGUACGUUGCCAGUGGAUGUGGUAAAGGAAGAUCCGGUGCGAUGGGGUUCGGACUACGACAACGCCGUCUGCGAUAUGGAAUUCGAUCUACCUCGUCACAUUACUCCUACCAUGAAUCGGUGUGACAUGUUGCGCGUCAACUACCAACUCAGACUGCAUUUGAGUGUGAAAACGGAAGCCUCCGGUGUCAUCCAAGGGGACAAUAUUAAUUUCCCCAUUGUCGUUGGUACGGUGUCGUCGCCGGCGGAUGAUCGUUCGAGUGAUCAGCAAAGUAUUGUAUCCAAUGGACAGCCAAAAGAGGAAGGCAAGAAACGGCGACUGAUUUCCAACUGGAUGAGAGGACUGCAGAAACCGGCCAAAGGCUCUAUCAAGGCGCCAAAGCAAGACAGUAAUCUUCCAUCCCUUUUUUCCAGAAUGUCAAUGAGUCAGAAAGGAGGCGUAGGAGGAGGAUCAUCACCAUAUUCUCGAUCAUCGACUCCCGCUGCCAGUGGAUUGCUGACACUUCAAGCUACGUCGAGUUCCAUUAUUUCGGCGCCAUCCCACUAUGAUUCUCAAAGGCGAUUAUCGCAGCAAUCAGCCCAGCAUUCAAGCAGAACUAUCCAUGACAAUGACUCACCGUAUUCGCCUCCCUUGUCAAGAAAUUCGAGCCGACAAACAUCUCUAUCUCACACCGUGGCGAUCAAUGGAUCCACCAUGGAAUCGGUAGUAGCCCCAUCAACCUUUACUUCCGCCCGACGAACCACCUCCUCUUCCACUUCGCGAACUCCCUCGCGGACCAUCGCACGUGAAUCGCUAGACGGCAAUGACAGUGACAGUGACAGUUCGGCGGAUGUGAGUUAUUUUAAUAUCUUUGGGGACAGCGAUGAUGACGAAGUGCCCACCACCACAAGCACCUCCGUCACAGCCACCGUGCCAUCUGCUCCAUCAUCCGAGAAAGAGGAUGCAACCUCCAUUGCGACCGACCCAUAUACGACUGGCGAACAUGGCUCUCUUUCACCCAAAGAAAGACCUCGUUCCAUUCAUGCUCCUGGUUUACCCAAUGGCCCGGACCAUAACAACGCCGCAUCAGCGAGUAAAACGGAUACAUCCAUGAUGUCACAAAAGCCGGAUCUGGCUCAAGAUGACGAUAUUGAUUUUAAACCAGAAUCCGUGUUGCCAUCCACAGUGGGCGCCAAUGCUCGUGUUCGUGUUCAUAAGCCGAAUGAAUACAUUUCGGAUGAAAGCGACAGCGAUGACGAUUCGCCUAUCUUCAGAAUCAUGAAAUACCAAGAAAGACAACACCGUAUCUAUAACCCAUAAUCAUUUCUACCGAUAAAAAAAAACUCGAUAAAAACCGUACAGUAAAGAAAAAAUAAACCCCCUCCAUCCCUGUUUCAGCUAGCUGGGACAUGAUUUUAUCCCUUAUCAUCUUGCAUGGGCCAUAUUUGGCUGCAUAGUGCAUCUUUGGUAGCGGAAACACUCCUCUUCGCUACAUUUCAGCCUAGUUGUGUCCAUUCUAUCAGGGAUCUGACGCUGGAAAAAGCUUCCAGGUAAAUUUAGUUAGUCCCUUCAAUGAACAUGCACAUAUGCAAGAGCCGUGAUGCUUAUGG